AAACUGUGUUAAUAUGUUUUUUUUUACUCUUUCUUGUUAGUGGGCCAUGGUCGAAGUGAAGGUCCCCGUACCCUGGUGGGCAGUCUUGACAAUUGCGUUGAAGAUAUAUUUCAUCACAUAAAUAUAAUGAAAAAGAAAUAUCCUGGACUUCCAGUGUUCAUAAUCGGAAACUCAAUGGGCGCAACAAUCGGCAUAUUUGCCUCCCUGAAGAAACCAGAAGAAUUCAAAGGUUUUGUAGCUAUAGCAACAAGUAUUCCGAGAAACUCUGAGGAAUCCACGACAUUUAAAAUUCUUAUGCAACAAUUUCUCAAAUGGGUAGGUUGGCUUAUCCCUAGUAUGCCUGUCGGAUGGAUAAAAUAUGACCUGGCCAUUCGGACGGAAGAAGGCAAACAGAAAGUAUUAGAAGAUCCACACAUGUACAAAGGAGUGUGGGUAAAAGCAGGUUGGGUUAAAACGAUGCUGGACUCUGCUCCAAAACUACAAACUGAGCUAAUAAACGUAGUUGUUCCGUUGUUGAUUAUUCAUGGCGGCCAGGACAAGAUUUGUAACAUAUCAGGAGCUAAGAAGUUCUACGAAACUUCGGAAAGCAAAGACAAGACUUUAAAGGUUUAUCCAGAGUCAUAUCACUGCCUUUUUCUCGAACCAGAUGGCAUUCCUGAGCACAUAAUAGAUGAAACAGUGAAUUGGAUAUCGGACAGGUGCAUCCCGACUUCUCUCAAGAUAUUAAAAUCGAAAUACUGAAAGAAAGAGGCACGCACUUUUUUGAUUGGUUUGAAGAUCCAACUUCCAUCGAGAUCCCGUCUCCUGGUGGGACAGCCGCCGUAACUUUACGGACUUACAAUGCUAAAAUCCAGGAUUCGAUUCCUCGCGGUGGACACAGCAGAUAGCCUAAUGUGGCUUUGAUAAAUCCUUGCGUUAAAUUAGUAAAAUGAUUUUGAUGAAUACAAAGAAUGUUGCAGUGUUUAUAUGUGAGUGUUUUAAGAUUUUAGUUUUGAAAUAAAAGGUUUUUAAU